GAGUGGUCCUCCUGGCCUUACGACUCAUGUGCUUUGCCUGCUUGUGGCCUGUCACGCAGCUAAAUAGCAGCCACUUCCCAAACAAGAGGAGACACAAGGAGGUCGACCUCGGAGACCUCAACAAACAAAAACAUGGAGGGGUCGCGGGCAUGCUGGAGCCUAUCCCAGCUAUCAUCGGGCAGGAGGGUUGUGGGGGUGCUGGAGCCUAUCCCAGCUAUCUUCGGGCAGGAGGCAGGGUACACCUGGAACUGGUCGCCAGCCAAUCGCAGGGCACACGAAACAAACAACCAUUCCCACUCACAUUCACACCUACGGGCAAUUUAGAGUCUCCAAUCAACCUACCACGCAUGUUGUUGGGAUGUGGGAGGAAACCGGAGUGCCCGGAGAAAACCCACCUAGGCACAGGGAGAACAUGCAAACUCCACAUAGGCGGGGCCGGGAUUUGAACCCCGGUCCCCAGAAUUGUGAGGCGGAUGUGCUAACCAGUCGAUCACCGUGCCGGCAUCUUAAAUGUCAUAAAUUAUUUUGCAUAUAUGCUUUCUUCAGAAAUAUCAAAAUGGUCAGUAAAUGUUACAGUCUGAAAAUGACACAAAUUACUAAUUAUUUCCCAUUCUUUCACAUUAAUUCCAAUGGAAACACUCCAUUGGAAUUAAUGAUUUAUUACAAAAUUACUUAGCUAAAUGUCCCAUAGAAAAUUUCUAAGAAAGAAAUGUAUUUAUAUUUUUUGCAACAUGAAUUUUUUCCCUCCCGGAUAUAUUAUAGCAAUUUCUCUAUAUUUUGGGGAGAAUAUGGACACAUUUUGUAUCUUCAUGAGACUACUGAAAAUCACCAGAUAAAAUAAAUAAAAAAUACAAAGACAAAAUUCAGAAGUCUGGUGUGGAACAUUGUGGUCAUACUACCAUGCAUUUUUAGUUAAUCUCAACCCUUUCCAUGAUUGGCCCUGCUGAACUAAGGUAAGUGUAGGUCAGUGGUUUGGUUGAUACAGUAGUGUGUAUGUGUGUGUGUGUGUAUAUAUAUAUAUAUAUAUAUAUAUAUAUAUAUAUAUAUGUGUGUGUGUGUGUGUGUGUGUGUGUGUGCAUGUGCGUGUGUGUGAGUGUGUGUGUAUGUUAACAUAUAUAUAUGUUAACAGAAGCAAGAUGGGCCUGUUGAAAACAUGUUGGAAAAACUUCCAGUAAACUAGGAAGUGUCAUUAUUUAGAUGGCAAGCUCUGUUUUAAUCAGGCGCUAAACUCCAAGCAGUGGUCAAUGAAUGCUCCACCAGAUGUCAGUUCAAUGAAAGAUAAAGACGAACAGAGAUUUUCUGUUGGCAUCAGCUGUUGUUUGUACUUUUUGCGUCUUAGACGAGUGGACCUCAAGAUGAAAAAGCUCGACAGCACAAAGUCUUUGCUAAUUAAAUCAGAACAGCUGCUUCGAAUUGAGGACCAUGACUUUGCAAUGCGGCCAGGUUUCGGAGGUUCAGCAAUCCCUGUUGGCAUUGACGUCCAGGUAGAGAGCGUUGACAGCAUCAGUGAAGUAAACAUGGACUUCACCAUGACUUUGUACCUGAGGCAUUACUGGCAGGACGAUCGACUGGCCUUCCCCUCCAGCAACAACAAGAGUCGAACCUUCGACUCGCGUCUCGUGAAGAAGAUCUGGGUGCCUGAUGUGUUCUUCGUCCACUCCAAGCGCUCUUUCAUCCAUGACACAACCAUGGAGAACAUCAUGCUGAGGGUUUUCCCUGAUGGCAACAUCCUCUACAGUGUCCGGAUUACUGUGACAGCACUUUGCUCGAUGGACUUCAGCAGUUUCCCUCUCGACACACAAAACUGCUCUCUGGAGCUGGAGAGCUAUGCUUACAAUGAGAAUGACCUCAUGCUCUACUGGAAGAACGGGAACGAUUCAUUAAGGACUGAUGAGAUCGUGCUCUCUCAGUUUUUUGUUGAAGAUUUCCAGCCUUCCUUUGGGCUCGCCUUCUACAGCAGUACCGGUUGGUACAAUCGUCUCUACAUUAAUUUCAUUCUCAGGAGGCACAUCUUCUUCUUCAUGCUGCAGACGUAUUUUCCCACCAUGCUGAUGGUGAUGCUGUCCUGGGUAUCUUUCUGGAUCGACAGAAGGGCCGUGCCCGCCCGUGUCUCCUUGGGAAUCACCACCGUGUUGACCAUGUCAACCAUCAUCACUGGCGUGUCCUCCUCAAUGCCUCAGGUGUCUUACGUGAAAGCUGUGGACAUCUACUUGUGGGCCAGCUUCCUGUUCGUCUUUCUGUCCGUCAUCGAGUACGCAGCCGUCAACUAUUUCACCACAGUGGAGGAAAUGAAGAAGCUCAAGAGGGCACAGAUCCCGGCGUCCUACAACGCCACCCAGGCCAUGGCAUUUGACGGCUGUUUCCAUGACAACGAUAUAGACCUGACCUCUUUCCCCGAGGUCUCCAGCACACCAAACACAGAGAGGAACACGCAGUCACGAAACUCCACCGUGUCAGCGCCCGCAGAGGGCACCAGGCUACGCCACAGGAACCCUUUGAAACACAACCUUCGCUUCAUAAUGAGCAACAGCUACAUGAUUGACUCCUACUCCAGAGUUUUAUUCCCUCUGGCUUACCUGCUCUUCAAUGUCAUUUACUGGAGUUUGUAUGCAUAGCACACUCACCUUGCAGCAAAAUCUUUCUAAUUCUAAUACAGUCAUUGGACAUGAACUGACAAUCUCGUCUCUUUUGAAUUGGACAAUUAUUUCAAUCUUGGGAUUUUAUUGUGUUGCUUUGUUGCUAUGGAGUAAAAUGCAUACUUAUUGUAAAAUAUAUGUAAAAAUAAAUAUAUGUAUGCUGUGUUA